ACCACAAACAUGCCCUAAUCUAAACAAACAAUGUCCUAUUUUAGAUUAUUUUUUUUAAAUACAAACAUUCCCUAAUCUAUUUUUUUUUAAAAACCCUAAUCUAACAUACCACCAUGAUGCAAAGCCCUAAUCUAAACAAUGCCCUGGCUAAAAUUAUAGAAAUAGAAACAAAACCCACCAAGUUUGGCAGCUGAAAGGUGAAAAUUAAGAACUCCGAUGAAGAAAGAAAGAACAACGGGAGUUUGUGAAAUGGAGGAGCAGUGUUAGUUGGCGAGUGAGUCUCCACGCUUCUCUUGAUGUACUACACACGCUUCUCUUGUCUACAACUGGACGACUGCGUACCUGCGGAACCGGUGGACGACUGGUCGGAGUCUGCGAUUGGACGACUCGCGGAGUGCUGCGAUUUGUCGCAGGGUUCGGCGGAACGGGAGUGCUGCAUGAGUGCGUGUCCUACUCUGAGAUUUCUUCGGCGACUGGACUGCAAGUGGAGAACCCCCCCAAUCCUGUGGAUUUGCUACUUGGAAUCUGGAGUCACUGGACUAAGGGAAGCAUUUGCGCAGAAAAAAGCAAUUUCUUUGAAGAUGAAUGAAGUCAAGCGGUAUCGGCCUUUCUCUGAAAUCCCUUCUGCCUUAUUGUGGGAAAUUCUGAUUCGGGUUCCGAUCAAGACGUGUUUAGCUUGUAAGCUUGUUUGCAAAGAAUGGUAUCAUAUUGUGAAAAGCUCAGAAUUCUCCUCGCUCCACCGCCGUUUCAAUGCCUCCGAAUUUGCCAUCUUGUUAUAUAAUGACUCAGGUGGUGGUGGUGGUGGUAGUGGGACGACUUUCAUCUUGGUUGAGCUGAAAAAGGCCUUGGAUGUGGACGAUUCAGGCGAUUGUGUUGUGGGUGUUGGUGAUCUGAUUAGGGUUCAACCAAACAUUGCCACCCCCCGUGGGACAUGUGGGACGUGGUAUCUGAGGUCUCAUUGCGAUGGGGCUAUUUGUUUGGAAACAGUGACGAGCGAAUACGUCGUGUGCCAUUUGCUCACUCGCCGCAGUGUAAAUGUCCAAAAUCUCCAUGAACUCAAGAAGCCUCCUUGUGUUAUAAAGCAUUGUGAACUGGGGCGCUGCCCGGUGACAGCCCAAUUCAAGGUUCUCAUGUUUCUCUACGACACGGUGUAUGAGAUUUUGGUGGCAAAGAUACAGACUUUGGGUAAUGGUGAAUGGAGGAUUGUGGGCAAUGUGCCCUUUAACCAUAUGAGUGACGGGUGCUUUCUAAACGGGUCUAGUCACUGGCGUGGGCCCACCUGCAUAUGGUCGUUCCAUUUUGGGAAGGAGGAGUUUUUGCAAAUCCCAUUACCGGACGAUAUCAUCCGCCGCGCACCUCAUAGGAACAACAACAACAACAACAACCCAGUUGAAUCCCACUACAGUAGGGUCUCAGGACGUAUGGAUGAUGAAGGAGUACGGUGUCAGAAACUCUUGGGUGAGGCAACUUGCCAUAGGGACUCAUGCGUUGACCGUGCCUCUAGCGCAGAUGGAUAACGGAACGAUACUUUUAAAGAGUGGGAGUUCAUUAUAUUUAUAUGAUCCGCGAACCCAUGUUUCUAAGUUAGUGCAGUUUGAGCUCAAUGGGCUUUCUAAUUCCAUGACGCCGUUUGCGGCGUGUGAUGCGAGAUGCUUUCGGUUUUG